CAGCACCCCACCUCUCUCUCUCUCUCUCUCUCUCUUUCACACACACACACACACACACACGUACAGAUUCCUUGUGUCUUACUCUUUCUCAGUGAAGAGGCCUUUUAUCUUCCUCGCUUAUCUCCUACGAAACCCAUUCUCAAUUUGCAUUUCAACAAAUUGAUUUUUAGAAAUCUGUCUACAUUAAUUACAGUACCGACAUUCAUGCAGAAGAAAAAUUUAUGUUCUUCCACCGAAUCUAGAAAAGUGCAUUCAAAAGGAAGCCGCUCUUAGCGCUUGGUUGAGUGGGAGAGUCAGAUCUGAAGUGACGAUCUCGAGAUCACAGCAAAGAUGGCGGCAACACUAGCUUGGACAUUUUCUGCCAAUAAUGGCAGCAUACCUGCCGCUAAUGGCUUGGAGAGAAAUGGGGAUGCUAAACCUCAUGACUUGGAGACUUUAACUCCCCACACACUUGCCAAAGUGAAUUCAAGAGAUCGGAGUAGUAUGGAGGACCCAGAUGGGACAUUAGCAAGCGUUGCCCAGUGCAUUGAGCAAAUGCGGCAGAAUUCCUCAUCACCCCAAGAAAAAGAGAAUUCAUUGAUUCAAUUGCUUGAGCUUAUUAAUACACGUGAGAAUGCUUUUAGUGCAGUUGGAUCACAUUCUCAAGCAGUUCCAGUACUCGUAUCUCUUCUUCGGUCUGGAUCCCUUGGGAUAAAGUUGCGGGCUGCUAGCGUUUUAGGUUCUCUGUGCAAAGAAAAUGAGUUACGGCUCAAAGUAUUGCUUGGGGGUUGUAUUCCACCAUUGCUUGGCCUUCUCAAGUCAAAUUCAGCUGAAGGUCAAAUUGCAGCAGCAAAGACCAUAUAUGCUGUUUCUCAAGGUGGUGCUAAGGAUCAUGUUGGCUCAAAAAUUUUUUCAACAGAGGGAGUUGUUCCUGUAUUGUGGGAGCAAUUAGAGAAGGGACUCAAUGCUGGUAAUGUUGUUGAUGACUUAUUAACGGGAGCUUUACAGAAUCUUUCUAGCAGCACUGAAGGAUUUUGGCCUGCAACAAUACAAGCUGGAGGAGUUGAUACACUUGUGAAAUUGCUUUCUACUGGAAGAUCAAGUACCCAAGCAAAUGUAUGCUUUCUCUUGUCGUGCAUGAUGAUGGAGGAUGCGUCUGUUUGUACUAAAGUCAUGUCUGCUGAUGCUACAAAACGGCUACUUAAGCUACUUGGAUCUGGCAAUGAAGCUUCUGUAAGAGCAGAAGCUGCAGCUGCUCUGAAAUCUCUUUCUGCCCAGUGCAAAGAAGCGAGACGGGAUAUUGCUAAUUACAGUGGUAUACCUGUUCUAAUAAAUGCUACAAUUGCCCCUUCAAAAGAAUUCAUGCAAGGGGAGUUUGCCCAAGCUUUGCAAGAGAAUGCUAUGUGCGCUCUUGCAAACAUAUCUGGUGGUUUGUCAUAUGUCAUCUCAAGUCUUGGUCAAAGCCUUGAAUCAUGUACAUCACCUGCACAAGUGGCUGACACAUUAGGAGCAUUGGCUUCAGCUCUGAUGAUAUAUGAUAGCAAAGCAGAAUAUGCUAGAGCAUCGGAGCCAACAGAGGUGGAAAUGACACUGGUUAAGCAGUUCAAACCCCGGUUACCAUUUCUGGUGCAGGAGCGUACAAUAGAAGCCCUUGACAGUUUGUAUGGGAAUGCUGUACUCGCAGGCAAACUUGCCAAUUCUGAUGCAAAACGUCUGCUGGUUGGUUUGAUCACAAUGGCAACCAAUGAAGUUCAGGAUGAGUUGAUAAGAUCUCUUCUUAUCCUCUGUAACAACAAAGGUAGUUUAUGGCAAGCCCUACAAGGACGCGAGGGGAUUCAGCUUUUGAUAUCCCUUCUUGGUCUUUCAUCAGAGCAGCAGCAGGAGUGUGCUGUUGCUUUACUUUGCCUCCUGUCCAAUGAUAAUGAUGAAAGUAAAUGGGCUAUUACGGCUGCUGGUGGCAUCCCACCUCUUGUUCAAAUUCUGGAGACAGGAUCUGCAAAAGCAAAAGAAGACUCUGCAUCAAUCCUUGGAAACCUCUGUAAUCAUAGUGAAGAUAUAAGGGCAUGUGUUGAAAGUGCUGAUGCUGUCCCUGCUUUGUUAUGGCUGUUGAAGAACGGAAGCACCAGUGGGAAGGAGAUUGCUGCUAAGACCUUACACCAUUUAAUUCACAAGUCAGAUACUGCGACAAUCAGCCAGCUCACAGCAUUAUUAACUAGUGAUCUACCUGAAUCUAAAGUUUACGUCUUAGAUGCAUUAAAAAGUUUGCUCUCUGUGGCCCCCCUGAAUGAUAUGCUACGUGAAGGUAGCGCAGCAAAUGAUGCAAUUGAGACAAUGAUAAAAGUCUUAAGCUUUACCAAGGAAGAAACUCAGGCAAAGUCUGCUUUAGCUCUUGCUGGAAUAUUUGAACUCAGGAAGGAUUUGCGAGAAAGUAGCAUUGCUGUUAAGGCUCUUUGGUCAAUCAUGAAACUAUUAAAUGUUGAGUCUGAGAACAAUCUAGUGGAAUCUUCCCGUUGCCUUGCUGCAAUAUUUCUCUCAGUUAAAGAGAACCGCGAUGUGGCAGCUGUUGCCAAAGACGCAUUGCCUCUGCUGUUGGUGCUUGCUAACUCUCCCAUAUUGUUAGUUGCAGAGCAGGCAGUUUGUGCUUUGGCUAAUCUUCUUUUGGAUGGUGAAGCCUCGGAGAAAGCUAUUCCAGAAGAAAUUAUUUUGUCUGCCACUAGAGUUUUGCAUGAAGGCACAAAUGUUGGAAGGACUCAUGCUGCAGCUGCUAUUGCUCGGCUUCUCCAUUCUCGCCAGAUUGAUUCUUCUUUAACUGAAUGUGUAAAUCGUGCUGGGACUGUGCUUGCAUUGGUUUCUUUCCUUGAAGCUGCUGACAGUGGAUCUGUUGCUACUUCGGAGGCAUUAGAUGCAUUGGCUUUCCUUGCAAGACCGGUUGAAGCCUGUGAGCACGAUAAACCUGCUUGGGCAGUUCUUGCUGAAUUCCCUAAUAGCAUGACCCCAAUAGUUUCAUGUAUUGCUGAUGCCCCACCAUUGGUACAGGAUAAGGCUAUCGAAAUAUUGUCCCGACUAUGCCGGGCUCAGCGUAUUUUUCUUGGGAAUGCAGUUGCCUGUGCAUCUGGAUGCAUUUCAUCCAUUGCACGAAGGGUAAACAGUUCACCAAAUGCUAGUGUGAAAAUUGGAGGAACUGCACUUCUUGUGUGUGCCGCAAAAGUGAAUCAUCAAAGGGUAGUAGAAGAUUUAAAUGAGUCAAACUCAUGUGCUCCACUCAUUCAUUCUCUUGUUGGAAUGCUGACCUCUGUGGAGACUUCAAACUAUGAAGAUCAGGCUGACAAGGAUGCCAUAAGUAUCUGUACAAUCACUGAAGGAAGUGAAAGCGACUUAGAGAGAAGUACCUCAGUGAUCUAUGGUGCCAAUAUAGCUAUAUGGCUUCUUUCUGCUCUUGCUAGUGAUGAUGACAAAUGCAAAGCUGGGAUCAUGGAAGCUGGUGCAAUUGACGUUCUUACCGAGAAAAUAUCUCAAUCUUUUCUACAGUAUGCACAGAGCGAUUUUAAAGAGGAGAGCAACGUUUGGAUUUGCGCCUUAUUGUUAGCAGUUCUAUUUCAAGACAGGGAUAUCAUCCGUGGACAUGGAACUAUGAAAGCAAUACCAGUACUAGCUAAUUUACUGAGAUCAGAGGAAUCAGCAGACAGAUAUUUUGCUGCACAAGCUAUCGCGAGUCUUGUCUGUAAUGGUAGCAGGGGAACUCUUCUGUCUGUUGCAAACUCAGGAGCGGCAGUGGGACUUAUUUCCUUGCUUGGCUGUGCUGAUAUUGAUAUUGGUGACCUUCUAGAAUUGUCAGAGGAGUUUGCUUUGGUCCGUUAUCCAGAUCAAGUUGCUCUUGAGCGAUUAUUUAGGGUGGAUGACAUUAGGGCUGGUGCAACUUCUAGAAAAGCUAUACCAGUCCUUGUUGAUUUGCUUAAACCAAUUCCAGAUCGUCCUGGGGCACCUUUUCUAGCUCUAGGUCUUCUAAUUCAACUAGCUAAAGAGUGUCCUCCUAAUCAGAUUGCUAUGGUAGAGUCAGGGGCCUUGGAAGGAUUGACAAAAUAUCUCUCUCUUGGCCCUCAAGAGACAACCGAAGAGGCUGCUACUGAUCUUCUAGGCAUUCUUUUUAGCACUGCUGAGAUAAGGAGACACGAAUCUGCAUUUGGUGCUGUCAGUCAGCUUGUGGCAGUCUUGCGUUUAGGUGGAAGAACAGCAAGGUAUAGUGCUGCGAAAGCAUUAGAAAACUUAUUUUCUGCGGAUUACAUAAGGAAUACAGAAUCUGCCAGGCAAGCUGUUCAACCUUUGGUGGAAAUUCUAAGUACUGGACUGGAGAAAGAACAGCAUGCUGCUAUUGGUGCACUGGUUAGGCUGCUGAGUGAGAACCCAUCAAGAGUCCUUGCAGUUCAAGAUGUUGAGAUGAAUGCCAUUGAAGUGCUUUGCAGGAUUCUUUCUUCAAACUACUCGAUGGAGCUUAAGGGGGAUGCCAGUGAAUUGUGUGCUGUUCUUUUUGGAAAUACAAGAAUACGAUCUACCGUAGCUGCUGCUCAAUGCGUAGAGCCUUUAGUUUCUCUCCUGGUUGCCGAGUACAGUCCUGCUCACCAUUCAAUUGUCCAUGCAUUAGAUAAACUCUUAGACGACGAACAAUUGGCAGAACUAGUUGCUGCACAUGGUGCAGUCAUCCCUCUUGUAGGCCUUUUGAAUGGCCACAAUUCAUUGCUCAAUGAGGCUAUUUCGGGAGCUCUUGUGAAGUUAGGGAAAGACAGGCCUGCAUGUAAGAUGGAAAUGGUGAAAGCUGGGGUAAUUGAGGGAGUGCUUGAUAUUCUCCAUGAAGCACCAGAUUUCCUCUGUGCUGCAUUUGCUGAACUGCUCAGGAUACUUACCAAUAAUGCAACCAUUGCAAAGGGUCCAUCUGCAGCAAAAGUUGUUGAGUCCCUCUUUCUUUUGCUGACAAGACCAGAAUUUGGACCUGAUGGACAACAUAGUGCUCUCCAGGUUCUUGUAAAUAUUUUAGAGCAUCCACAGUGUCGUGCUAAUUAUGCCCUGACAUCUCAGCAAAUUGAAACUCUCAUACCUUUGCUUGACUCUCCUGCCUCAGCAGUGCAGCAGUUGGCCUCUGAGCUUCUGUCCCACCUGCUUUUGGAGGAGCAUCUUCAGAAAGACCCUGCAACUCAGCAAGUGAUUGGGCCUCUGGUACGUCUUCUUGGUUCUGGUAUACCUAUGUUGCAGCAGAGAGCUGUGAGGGCUCUUGUCAGUAUUUCUGUAACUUGGCCAAAUGAAAUUGCAAAAGAAGGUGGUGUGAGUGAGCUGUCCAAAGUCAUACUUCAAGCUGAUCCUUUGCUUCCUCAUGCUUUGUGGGAGUCUGCUGCUGCUGUAUUAUCCAGUAUUCUGCAAUUUAGUUCUGAGUUUUAUUUGGAAGUACCAGUGGCAGUAUUGGUAAGGUUGCUUCGCUCAGGCUCAGAGAGCACAGUUUCUGGUGCACUUAAUGCUCUUCUGGUGCUGGACACUGAUGACUCUACGAGUGCUGAAGCAAUGGCUGAAAGCGGGGCAAUCGAGGUGCUUUUAGAACUUUUAAGAUGUCAUCAGUGUGAGGAAACAGCUGCCAGACUACUGGAGGUGUUAUUAAACAAUGUAAAAAUCAGGGAUUCCAAAGCAACCAAGUCUGCCAUUGUACCAUUGUCACAAUAUCUCUUAGAUCCACAAACCCAAGGUCAACAGGCGAGGCUACUGGCUACUCUUGCUCUUGGCGACCUAUUCCAGAAUGAGGCCCUUGCUCGGACAGCAGAUGCUGUUUCUGCCUGCCGGGCAUUGGUGAAUCUGCUCGAGGAUCAGCCUACAGAAGAAAUGAAAGUCGUAUCCAUAUGUGCUUUACAGAACCUUGUUAUGUACAGCCGAUCAAAUAAAAGAGCCGUUGCAGAAGCUGGUGGUGUUCAGGUUGUUCUUGAUCUGAUUGGUUCUAGUGAUCCAGAUACAUCAGUGCAGGCGGCGAUGUUUAUUAAACUACUUUUCUCUAACAAUACCAUUCAAGAGUAUGCCUCAAGUGAAACUGUUAGAGCUAUUACUGCCGCUAUAGAAAAAGAUUUGUGGGCCACUGGCACAGUAAAUGAGGAGUACCUGAAGUCUCUGAAUGCACUCUUUGGAAACUUUCCCCGUUUAAGAGCAACAGAACCUGCAACACUAAGUAUUCCACAUUUGGUAACAUCCCUUAAGACUGGAUCAGAGGCAUCUCAAGAAGCUGCAUUGGAUGCACUAUUUCUUCUCAGACAAGCUUGGUCAGCAUGCCCAGCUGAAGUUUCUCGAGCGCAAUCAAUUGCUGCAGCUGAUGCAAUUCCCCUGUUGCAAUACCUGAUCCAAUCAGGCCCACCUCGGUUUCAGGAGAAGGCAGAAUUCUUAUUGCAAUGUUUGCCGGGUACAUUAGUCGUGAUAAUCAAGCGAGGGAAUAAUAUGAGGCAGUCUGUUGGGAACCCAAGUGUAUAUUGCAAGCUUACCCUUGGAAAUACUACUCCUCGUCAAACCCAGGUGAUAACAACUGGUCCCAACCCAGAGUGGGAUGAGAGCUUUGCAUGGUCAUUCGAGAGUCCUCCUAAAGGCCAGAAGCUUCACAUUUCGUGCAAGAACAAGAGCAAAAUGGGGAAGAGUUCAUUCGGAAAGGUAACUAUUCAAAUCGACCGUGUAGUAAUGUUGGGAGCAGUUGCUGGGGAGUACACACUGUUGCCCGAAAGCAAAAGUGGACCUUCAAGGAAUUUGGAAAUAGAAUUCCAAUGGUCUAACAAAUAGCUGUCAUGCUAAGGUUUUAGUAAUUCAACCGCCAAAUAGAGUUAAUACAUUGGUUACAGGUUUUCAUCAGACAUUUUCCAAUUAAUUUUAUUGUGUGGUGUAUAUAGUUUGGACUAUCUUUUUGUAGCACUGAAACGGUCAUUGUUUGCUGAUGUAUUCUUUUGUAAGUCGAGUGAAUUUCCUUUUUAGUUUGAAAGUGUAUGGAGGUCAAGUUACUUUGUAAUUUUAAGCAAAAUUAUGUCCCAGUUUGGUUUUGCUAAAAAUUAAAUAUUU